CUGUGCCAGUGCAUCCCAAUUCAAAUAUCUAGUUCUAAGGGUCCUUCCAUCAGCUGUACUUGGAUGAAUAUGCAUUCAAGUAUCAAUGGAUGGUGGUCACAUUACAAAGUAUAAUUUAUGUGUGGCAGUUUUGUAUUACAUGCUUGACGCUGGUUCACACUUGCCUCAACCAUUGUCAAGUUUUCUGGUUUCCAUAAUAAAGCAACAGGUGGCUGUUGACUAAUGCCACUGGCAGAGAAACAUUUCCUCCAAUGUAGCUGCUGUCAGCUUCACCGGAUACUGUGGUACUGCGGGACUUCUCUCUCCACGUUCUCUCAACUCGCCUUUGAGGCUAGACAGUGACAGCUGCCUCUGGCCAUCAUUUUUGUCCUUAACUGUGAACUGGAUUCUCCCAGCUAUCCAAUAGGAUCUUUGAAAACAGCUUCUUUCUUUCUUUUUUUGACAAAAUGAGGAUUUUCAUGGCUUUUGAGGGAUCUUUUGAACCAUUUGAUAUUUCAGCAGAUGAAACUGUGGAGGCUGUCAAGCUGAUGAUAAAGAUGAACAAGGCAGGAGGUGUCUGGAGCUGAUGUAUGCUGGAGCAGCCCUAAAGGGCAGCUGGAGUCUUACUGAUGUUGGAAUAUCUUUUUGUUCAACUCUCAAAUGCUUUGUUAAGGAAGAAGAAAAGCCCACUCUCUGUGUGUUCAAUGCUGUGACCCAAGAGACAAUGCCCAUAAUGGAGAGCAUUUCCCUUCUUGGUAAAAAAGUGUCUGAUCUGAGAACACUGAUAGCUCUGAGAUGUGGAUUCCCUGCACGACACUUCGCUUGGAUGUCUGGGAUGGAUGGAAGGAAUUUCUGAUGGGCUGUCUCCUCGGACAAAAACUUAAAGUCCAACGCUAUUUAUCAAAUGAAGGGCCAGUACUCAAGUAUCAGAAAAGGGUUGCCCGGUACAUCGCCGCCUUUUACGGGCACACUGAGCUCACUGAAUGGGCCCUGAAGCAGGGUGUGCGGCCCCACGAGAUGGUCGGCGUGCACCCCUACCGAGCUUGGUGCCAUGAAGCCCUUCACGCAGAUGUCUCUAAAUGCCCCAUUCAUGCAGCCGCAGAAGCGGGCCAACUGUUGAUUCUGAAGGCUUUUGUCAACUGCAGCGUGCUGUGCCUGGAAUGCAAAAACGCAGCGGGACAAACUCCCCUUACCAUUGCGUUCAAACACAAGCAUAAAGACUGCGUAUUAUAUUUACUGAGUAAAAUGUGGUCCACUGUUUCUUUUCUGAAAAUCUCAGUCCCCAUGAGGAUUUAUAUUAAAAUAAAACAAUGGGUACUCAGAGCUCAGAGUCACAACCUUAAUAAAGGCCAGCUUUGCGGAGCAAGCGUCUUUGGAGCAAAAGUUGGAGACGUUGUGAUGGUGGAUGGUUUCACCAAACCCAAAAUGACCUCCAAGAGCUGGCAUAAGGCUGAGAACAAGGACUCACAAGGCACUGUGGGCAAACUACCGCCUCUCAGGGAGCAAACUGUAAGCAGGAAACGUGUCAAUCCUGUGGCAAUUUCACAGCAGGACACAAGAGAACAAACACUCAAAUUUCCUCCGCUGGUAGAUGCAAAUACGUUCUUUGAAUUACAAAAACAACAAAAUCGGAAAACAAUUACUGCCACAGCUAGGAAAAAAGAAAAGCUCAUAAAAAAUACAUAUCUCCCUCAAGUCCCCCUCCCUCCAGUUUCAAGAGUGAGCUAUUCACACCCAUCUUUUUACUAUGCAACACCCAGUGCCAACUUUUUACUCAGAUCCUCCUUUGCAUCUUUCUCAGAGCACAGUGGAAGGACUCCAAGGGAGAAUGCCAUCUACUACUUAGCUGUGGACAGUGCCUUUAAAGAGAAACGAUGGCUUCAGCAGUUAGGAAUAGCAAGAGUCCUAGCGAAAAAGAGCAUUUCUAACCUGACUACCCAAGGAGGCCUGACAGCGUGUGAAAAUCCUCCAGAAAUUUUGCUUUCAAAAGUCAUGACAAUCCCAGUUUGGGUGAAGACCUGGUCAAAUAGAACUUCUAGUUCUAAUGCUAACAUUUCUAAUAACAGUUCUAAUGUUGGAAUUUCUAAUAAUAGUUCUGAUGCUACAUGACUAUCAACAGGUUAUUUAAUGUUUAACACCACGUUUCCUUGGACUCCAUCACGCAAAGUGAAAAUUUAGGGCAUUUGUUUUUGCAUAAAGAGUCUGAGGAAGAAUUCAUAAGAAACUAAGAAUAGUAGUUGCCAACAGGGUAGGGCAACUGGGAAGGUGGGAAACAAGAACAUGAGCAAGAAUGUUUACUUUCUCUUAUUUUUGCUUUCCUGGGAUUUUUAAAAAUACUUUUUGUUUCUUAAACCAUAUGAAUGUAGUACAUA